AUGUCCGAGAAACCCAGUUCUGAUCCCGAAAAUGGCCAAGGCAAUGAUCUAAAGAACCAUAUCGAGCCCGUUGUAUCCUUGAAAACAUGGGUAGUGGCUUGUAUCCUAUCCUGUGGAUAUGGGCUCUCCUUCUGGCCAGUUCCGGUGAUGUCGGCCAUCGGCGGUACUGUCUCGGCUGAUUUGGGAGACCCCGGAGGAUACAUGUGGUAUAUACCGCUGACAGUACUGGAGAUAUGUACCAUAGGCCACAUUGUAGUGGCUUCAGCAAAAACCAGCAACCAGAUCACUGCUGGAUUUGCAAUUGCUGGCUUCGGGGGUGCUAAUUGUCAGAUGGCCGCAUUCGCCUUGCCUGAGCUGCUUCCCAACAAGUGGCGUCAUAUCGGUGUUGUCAUUGCAGACUUCACUGUCUACAUUGCUGUCAUUCUGGGCCCUGUAACAGCACGGUUUGGGCAGGAGUAUGGGACAUGGGAGUGGAAUUUCUGGAGUGUGGCCAUCUUCCAGGGACUGUCCUUCUUUGGCCUUCUGUUCUUGUACUUUCCUCCAGCACGGCCAUCUGGGGUUCCUCGUCGGGAAGCUUUCAAGUCCUUGGACUAUUUUGGCGGAUUCCUAUUCAUGGGUGGCGCAAUUCCAGUACUGCUAGGUAUUGUCUGGGCUGGCGUCUAUCCCUCCACCGAUCCCCACGUUGUUGCAACACUCGUGAUCGGAUUUUUUGUUUUGGUUUGCUUCGCUGUCUGGGAGACAUUCGGCCCUGUGAAAUUCCCACUCACCCCCAGCUAUAUUUUUGCAAGCUCCUGGGGUCGGGAUUUCACUGCCCCGGCCAUUGCCCUAGGGGUGGUAAACAUGUUCUAUUACUCCUCCAGCAUCUUGUGGCCGCAGAUGACCACAGUUCUUUAUACCAACGGCGGCACUGACUGGCGUUACGCGAUCGUCUUGACGCUACCACAAGGCCUCGCGAUCGCCUUUGGUGCGUUCUUACUCUCUACCUUGGGGAGCAAGAUCCGGCACUGGCAGUGGCAGCUCACUGGAGCGGUGUUUAUCAUGGUCCUGUUCGGUUCUCUCCUGGGCCUCGCUACGCCGACCAAUAAGGGGACCAUGAUUGCGUUUCUCUUCCUCUCCCAGGUAGGGUUCGGCUGGGGGAUAUAUCUCAGUAUUGCCAUCACUCAGAUGGGCGUGGAUCAGAAGAAUUUGGGAGUGAGCGGUGGCGUCUCUGGCGCGAUUCGCUAUGCAGCUGGUGCCGUGGCCACCACCAUUUAUAACACCGUCUUCACCACCACCCUAACCAAAUGGACCGCGAGACUGGUGCCCAAAGCUGUCAUCGCCGCUGGUCUCCCUGAGUCCAAAGUUAUUGACGUCAUCGCGGCAAUGCAAUCGAGUGAAUUUGCCAAUUCAUUCAGCCCGGACGUUGUCGCAGCGGCUACCUUGGCUUCAAAGGAAGCCACCUGCAAAGCUGUCUUUGUUGUCGCGAUGGUUUCGAUGGCGUUUGGGAUCGUUGGGAUCUUUGCGUGCCUGUGUUGCAAAGACGUUAAUCACAAGAUGACGAACCAGAUCGAGGUCUACCUUACCAACACGGACCAGGCGGAUCGAAACAAGUAUAAAUAAGAGCAUGACUUGUCUC